GGCCGCGCACGUCCUCGCUCGGCGGCGCGCACGCCUGCGGGAGCCCUCUCCAGGCAGCCUGGUGCUGAUCGCUCGUGCCGGUGCGGCGGUUCACCGCCCUUGCGGGAGCCCGGAGCUCAAGAGCAGCCCCCUCCCCUUGCCGGGCUUCCCCCCACCCACUUCCCGGUCGGCCCCGGGGCACGAGCCACGAUGGCCGUCUGCAGCCCUGAGGAGAAAACUUACCGGCGCUUCCUGGAGCUCUUCCUGGGCGAGUUUCGCGGACCCUGCGGUGGCGGCGAGCCGGAGCCGGAGCCGGAGCCUGAGCCCGAGCCCGAGUCGGAGCCCGAGCCGGAUCCCGAGCCCGAGCUGGGAGUCGCCGAAGCGGCCGAGGCUGCAGCCGAGAACCCCGGGGAGGAGGCGGCCGCGGGAGCCGCGACGGAGGAGGAGGAGCAAGAGCAGGAGCGAGACCCCGAGCCCGAGGAGGAAGAGGCGGAGGAAGACGCGGCGGCGGCGGAGGGCGAGGGGGAGGCGGCGAAAGCCCGGGGGCAGCCGGCCGUGCUGCCGCCGCUGCCGCCGCAGCCCCAGCUGCCGCCUCUGCCGCCGCUCCCGCGGCCGCUGUCGGAGCGUAUCACCCGCGAGGAGGCGGAGGGCGAGAGCCUGGACCUGUGCCUGCAGCAGCUCUACAAAUAUAAUUGCCCUUCCUUUUUGGCUGCUGCUUUAGCUAGAGCCACAUCAGAUGAAGUCCUUCAAAGUGAUCUUUCUGCCCAUUGCAUCCCAAAGGAAAUGGACGGCAGUGAAGGGACUGUGGAGAUUGAGACAGUGAAAUUGGCCCGUUCUGUCUUCAGCAAACUCCACGAGAUUUGCUGCAGCUGGGUGAAAGAGUUCCCUCUCCGCAGAAGACCACAGCUAUAUUAUGAGACAUCAAUCCAUGCCAUCAAAAACAUGCGCAGGAAAAUGGAGGACAAACAUGUCUGCAUUCCUGACUUUAAUAUGCUCUUCAAUUUAGAGGACCAGGAAGAACAAGCUUACUUUGCAGUGUUUGAUGGCCACGGGGGAGUGGAUGCUGCCAUCUAUGCCUCCAUUCACCUGCAUGUUAAUUUAGUACGCCAAGAAAUGUUCCCCCAUGAUCCUGCUGAGGCCUUGUGCAGGGCCUUCCGGGUCACUGAUGAGCGGUUUGUACAGAAAGCAGCCAGGGAGAGCUUAAGAUGUGGGACCACAGGAGUGGUGACUUUUAUCAGAGGCAACAUGCUACAUGUGGCCUGGGUGGGUGAUUCCCAGGUUAUGCUUGUGAGAAAGGGCCAAGCUGUUGAACUAAUGAAGCCACACAAACCAGACAGAGAGGAUGAAAAGCAGCGAAUUGAGGCCCUUGGAGGUUGUGUAGUAUGGUUUGGUGCCUGGAGGGUGAAUGGAAGUCUGUCAGUCUCCAGAGCUAUUGGAGAUGCUGAGCACAAGCCAUACAUCUGUGGGGAUGCGGACUCUGCCUCCACUGUUCUGGAUGGGACGGAAGACUACCUCAUUCUGGCCUGUGACGGCUUCUAUGACACCGUGAACCCUGACGAGGCAGUCAAAGUUGUGUCUGACCACUUGAAAGAGAAUAAUGGAGACAGCAGCAUGGUUGCCCACAAAUUAGUGGCAUCAGCUCGUGAUGCUGGCUCAAGUGAUAACAUCACUGUCAUUGUGGUAUUCCUGAGGGACAUGAACAAAGCUGUAAAUGUUAGUGAGGAAUCAGAUUGGACAGAGAACUCUUUUCAAGGAGGGCAAGAAGAUGGUGGGGAUGAUAAGGAGAAUCAUGGAGAGUGCAAACGCCCUUGGCCUCAGCACCAGUGCUCAGCCCCAGCCGAUCUAGGCUAUGAUGGGCGCGUGGAUUCAUUCACUGAUAGAACAAGCCUGAGCCCAGGGUCCCAAAUCAACGUGCUGGAGGACCCAGGCUACCUAGAUCUCACACAAAUAGAAGCAAGCAAGCCUUACAGUACACAGUAUUUGCCACCAGUUGAGAUGUUUGGUCCUGGUGCACCAAAGAAAGCAAAUCUUAAUAAUGAGCUAAUAAUGGAGAAAAAAUCAGUUCAGUCAUCAUGGCCUGCAUGGAGCGGUGCUGGAGAGUUUCCCUCUUCCAUUAAUUUGAGUUCAACAGGGCAGCAGACAUACAGAAGGGAGAGCCUGUCUCCUGUUUGUUCUAGGUUGGAAAAUGAACAGUUCAGAUUUCUGGGGAAGAGAAUUUCUAGAUUGUCUCAUUUACGCUAUCAUUAUUCAAAGAGGUGGCAUGGAUUCAGGUUUAAUCCAAAGUUUUAUUCAUUUUGCUCUUCUCAAGAGCCUUCCCACAAAAUAGGCCCUAGCCUGUCCUCCCUUAUUCAAAGUGGGAAGAGAACCAGGAUGUUAAGUUCUCCGCUGUGGAGGCAAAAUAGUCGGAAAGGGUACAAUGAAAACACGAGGAGGAAGCUCAGAAAGAGUCAGGCUGUUCCGCACCCGGGUCUUCCCGGGAGCUGUAGGAUGCAGUCCUCUGUCCAGUAGGCUAGCUAGCUCUCCCCCAGUAGGACUCCACUAUCAGAGUGGAAACAAGGUAGACAUUUCUGACAUACAUGUGCUCAUUAUGAAACCAUGGGUGGUUCAAUUCUUAAAUGUAAAUAGAUCUCUAGGAAACUCAAAAUACAGUGUUUUCAAUCUUAAAAAAAGUAUUGGCAGUUUCACUAGCAAAGUUAUACAGCUGGUCCCUGUGCUGUAUCUCCACACCUCCACUCAGCCCCCACCCCCUACCCCUUGUCACUAGUGGAAGCUUGUGAAUCGGUUAUUUCCGUCAGGGUAUAUAUAUGUAGUGUUGAAAUCUCAACACAGUUGAAAUCUGGUCUGAUGUGCCUAAUGUAUCUGUGGAAAACAAUGCAGAAUUAAGAUUUAGUUGGGGAAUGUUCCUCAAGACAGGAACUAUGAGGGAAGCCCCCUUUCCCCUUUUUUUCAGUAGGUAAAGGACUAAUAAAAGCCAUAUGGGUUUUAACUGGUAACAACGAAAGUAGAAAACUAACAUAAAAAUGUCAUUCUCAGACUUGUGAGGUGGCAUAUAGUACAAAAAUAUUUACUUUUUUUCCUGUAACAUAAAAGACUGAAAAAUUUUGACUUACAAAGUAUUUCCUAGGGCUGUAGCUGUUUGGGAGUUUCAUAACCUGUUAUGGUGCUUUGGAUGGAAUUUCUACGUGUCAUUUUAGAAGACUGCUGUCAAAUGAUUUUAACCUAUGAUGCUAAUGUUUUUCACUGUACCUUCAUGUCAGGAAUAAAGCUGGUUUAAUGGAGAUGAUAUCGGGUACAAAUAUACCAGAAUCAGGUUGCCACUUAAAAAAAUCAAAUAGUGUUUGUUUUUCCUGCCUUUUUUAAGUUCACUGACAGCAAAGGCAUACUACUAUAAAAUAAAAAAUGGUCUUGGAGAGUAAUCAAUACUGGUUCUAACUUCUCUAAAGUUGUUUCCCCCAAAGAAAUGAAGUAACUGUUGUUAAAGAGGCUGAAGUAUUGCCUAAAGUGAGCCCAGACGCCAAAUACAGAAGAAUACAGAUUACGGAGACUGAGGUCUGUUUAGUUUGAAAUGGAGACCCAGGAAUCCUGCUACAUGCAACUUCAGACUGCAGAGAUAGCACAUGGGUUUCUCGUGUCAAUAUUCACUCAUUUGUUAUUUCAAAAUAGUCUUUUUUUGCCAUCUCUGCAUUUUCAAGCCAGAAGCACAUUUUCAGCUAAAGACAGCAAAUAAGCCAAUAAUCAGACACAUUCUAUGAGGCAGCCUCUGAUCCCCUGAAUCAUGACUGCCUCCGUGUGAUGUCCCCCCACCCCCGGUCACCCGUGGGCCUGCCAUGCUGCCGGGCAGGGUCUGCACCAUGGUGCUCGCUCAUUCCUGCCAUUAGAAGGCACCAGAUGCUCUUAGUCCACCG